AAGCAUAUCGCCCCUGCAAACACAUAGCCGCCGGUGCACCACUAAGCUAGUUUGCACCGAGUUUGCACCGGAACUGACGCUGUAAUACGCGCCCGCUGUUUGUAAAUACCGCUAUCCGUACCCCUGAGGCUAUGCCAUAAGUAAUACCAACAAUUUCGUUCGCCGCAACAACGAAAGCAUGCAGAAUUACACACUAAACUCUCAGCGGGCGUCGGAGCCUCAGCGACACCUUACAGCUAGGAGCACGACGCACACGUUUUCUUGGCAGUGUCGUCGACAAACGGUGAAGGCGCUGGGGCCUCGCGGCAACACCGUGCCGCCUAGCACUCGCUGCGCGGGGCACAGCAGCGGCGACACGGCAGGGCACACGGCGGGACGCCAGUCAACACGCAGUCCCAAAGCAACUGCGGGCGAUGCAGUCACGACGAGGGCUGGUGGUGGGGGUGGCGGAGCGGAGCAGUGGCAGCUCGAGAUAAUGCAGGCAUUCGCAGCGGCAGAAGGUUUUGCAGAGCUGACUAUUCGUGCAAAGGUUGCGUCGGCACAGCCAUGGCACACGGUGACGGUGCGGCCGGUGGCAGUCAAGGGUGGCAGGCAGCUGCAGGUCACGACGCUCACGGCGCGGCAGAGCCUGUCCGCCAACCACCCCGCGGCGGCGGGCGACACGGCGGCGGUGGAGCGGGUACUGGGGCCGCUGCUGGCGGAGGCGGGCAUCGGCAGUGCGGCGCUGCGGACUGCAGGCGGCGACAUGGCGGUGCAGGUCACCAAGAAGGGCAAGGGCAUCAUACACCGUAGCGCGCCCAAGGAUCGCACGCCGCUGUUGCGGGCGGGCCCCGGGGCCGCCGCAGACGCAGACGACGCGGCACAGUUCCUGGCGCACGACCGGACCAAGGCCACGCCCAUCCCUGCGGACCGGCCGCACCCCUUCCUCCAAAAGAUCGGGUUCCAGACGGCGGACGGCCGCAUCCGAGCCACCAUGCAGGACAAGUUCACGCAGGUGAACGACUUCCUGCGCCUGCUGGGGCACACGGCCAUGGUGCGCGGCCUGGCAAAGCAGCAGCUGCCGCAGGCCCAACAGCCCCAGCCUGCGGUGGCGGCGGCGAUGGCGGAACUCAACACGGACACGACAGCUGGCAGCGACACGCAGCUCGACGCCGCCGAUGCCCCUGGCUCCCAGAGCUCGGGCUCGCCUGCUGGCCCGCGGCUGCACAUCCUGGACUGCGGCUGCGGCUCCUCGCACCUGUCCUUUGGCACGUACCACUACUUGAACCACGUGCUUGGUGUGCCAGCGGCCAUGGCGGGCGUGGACACGAACGCCGGCCUUAUGGCUAAGUCAAACGACAACGCCGCGGCGCUGGGGCUGGCCGACACCGUCCACUUCGACACCGCGCCCAUCGGCGACUACACGCCGCGCGCGCGCCCCGACAUCGUUCUGGCGCUGCACGCCUGCGACACCGCCACCGAUGACGCGUUGGCACUGGCGGUCAAGCAGUCCUCCCCGCUCAUCAUGGCCGUGCCGUGCUGCCACGCGCACCUGCACAAGCAGCUGGCCGGCCGGCCGCCCUCCAGCCGGCCGCCCUGGCAGCCGCUGCUGCGCCACGGCAUCAUGCGGCAGCGGCAGCUGGACCUGGUCACGGACAGCCUGCGCGCGGCGCUGCUGAGGGUCGCGGGCUACACAACAGACGUGGUCGAGUUCGUGUCCACCGACCACACGCCGCGCAACCUGCUCAUACGCGCCGAGCUGCCGCAGCAGCAGCGGCAGCAGCAACAGCAGCAGCAGCAGGCUGCGAGCGGUGCAGACACCAGCGUGGCCCAGAUUACUCGGGAGACGGCGGGGGCGGCGCCGCUGCCGCAGCCGUACCGCAAGGCGCAGCUGGAUGCGGCACGCGAGUACCUAGCGCUGCGUGACUACUGGGGUGUGCUGCCCCGGCUGGAGGUGCUGCUGGAGAGCGAGUUGGGACCCGUGCUGGCGGCAGCGGGGCAUGCGGACUCGGCAGGGGAGCACGAGGAGCUGCAGGCGGAGCACUGAUGCGGUGUACUCGGGUGUUAGUGUCGGGGCGGCUCGAGAUAUCCGUCCGGGGACCGCUGGCCUUGUCUUUCCACGCGGGCAUCAGUCAGGCAUGCAUUUGGGAUGGUAAGAACUUGUGGUGCAGACGAGCAUCAAAGGAGAAGAUUGCACACGUUCGAACCAUGAUAUAAGGAUAUCAUCUGAGCAUCUUAUUUCCAGUUUAACUUGCACUUUAGGGCCACCCCUUUGGGGGGCGGGGGGGGGGGCGAUAUCGUGCAAGGAGGCGCGGACUCGGCCCGUGCAGAGGGGACC